CCAGCUCAGCCAUGGCGCGCCAGGUGUGUCUUUUGACGACGCUAGUAGCAGUCGUCUUCCUCCUCCCCUGUCUCGCCACCGCCACCGGGAAGACCGGCGAGAUCGCCGUCUUCUGGGGCCGCAACAAAACCGAGGGCUCCUUGAAGGACGCCUGCGACACUGGCGUCUACACCACCGUCAUCAUCUCCUUCUUCAGCGUCUUCGGCCACGGCAGCUACUGGACCGACCUCUCCGGCCAUGACGUCUCCCGGGUCGGCGCCGACAUCAAGCACUGCCAGUCCAAGAACAUCCUCGUCCUCCUCUCCGCCGGCGGCGACGGUUACCAGUACUCUCUGCCCACCGCCAGGUCGGCCAAGGACGUCGCUGACCAUCUCUGGCACGCCUACCUCGGCGGCGGCCGCAGGGGCGUCUUCCGCCCCUUCGGCGACGCGGUGCUCGACGGCGUCGACCUCUACAUCGACCACGGUGGGCCGGCGAACUACGACGUGCUGGUCAAACGCCUCGCCGGAUACAGCGGCCGCGGCAAGCCGGUGGUGCUGACGGCGACGCCGAGGUGCGGGUACCCGGACGCGAACGCCGAGGCGGCGCUGGGGACGGGGCUGGUACAGCGCAUCCACCCGCGGUUCUACAACGACGCGGCGUGCAGCGACUACAUGGACGACGGCAAGCCGGCCAACUUCUGGGAGGCCUGGGACGCCUGGACGUCGCGGUUCCCGGCGAGCAAGGUGUACGUGGGGCUGGCGGCGGCGCAGACGACGGACGGCUGGAUAAACCCCGAGUCGCUCUUCUACGGCGUGAUGCCGAGGGCGCAGGCGGCGAGCAACUACGGCGGCGCCAUGCUCUGGGACCGAAGCGGAGACAGCGCCUACGAUGGGUACUACGGCAAGGCGAUCAAGUCCUUUGUUUAGUCGAUCAUAUUCAAUCCAUUGCUGCUUCAUCAAAGCUUACUUUCGAUCAACUUCUUCCAAGAACACUUAUUUAGUCAUACAAUAAUGUAAAGGAUUCAGCUUUGAUUUUUUU